UCCCUCCAAUAAAAGUUUGUUAAUCAAGUAAACCAUCAAAUCCAUCCGCCAUAAAAAAAUAUCUGCAACUCUACCUAAUAGAGAGAGGCUAAAGAAGCUCGACAGUGAUAGCUCUCAUCUUCACCAUUCCACAACACAACUAAACCCUAAAAAUUCUUCAUUCUACAAAUUCAAUCAUCCCAAUUUCGAAUUUCCUUUUUUCUAACCCUAAUUUCUCUUUUCUACCCAUGGACUUGGUUUAUUCACCGAUGGCCAAAUGCAUUUCAGCUCCGUUUCCUUCUUUCACUCAUCGGCCACUUGCACUUUUUUCUAGGGUUUCCAUUUCCCCCAAAUAUGCAAAUGCUCGUCGUUUGUGGAAGAUGUGUUCUGCUUCCAGCUCAGAUACACUUGUUGAUAAUGGUCCGGUCAAGGAAGUGCGUAAAUCUCUUGAAGUUGCUAGUAAGAAAGAGGAUGAGUAUGGGGACUUGAAAUCUUGGAUGCACCAAAAUGGAUUGCCUCCUUGUAAAGUUGUUAUUAAGGAUAGGCCUUCGCAUGAUGCUAAACAUCUGCCUAUUCACUACGUUGCUGCCAGUGAGGAUCUUCAGGCUGGUGAUAUUGCUUUUGCUGUUCCGGAUUCUUUGGUGGUAACGCUUGAGAGAGUUCUGGGAAAUGAGACCAUUGCGGAACUCUUGACAACAAACAAAUUGUCUGAACUAGCCUGCUUAGCGCUUUAUCUAAUGUAUGAGAAGAAACAAGGAAAGAAGUCUUUCUGGUAUCCGUAUAUAAGAGAACUUGAUCGCCAGAGGGCAAGGGGACAGCUGUCUGUGGAAUCACCUCUUUUAUGGUCAGAUGCUGAACUCGAUUAUCUGACAGGGAGUCCUACCAAGGCUGAAGUUUUGGAGAGGGCUGAAGGGAUCAAGAGAGAGUACAAUGAGCUUGAUACAGUCUGGUUCAUGGCUGGAUCACUAUUUCAGCAAUACCCAUAUGAUAUACCCACUGAAGCAUUUCCGUUUGAGAUCUUUAAGCAAGCUUUUGUUGCGGUGCAAUCAUGUGUUGUACAUUUGCAGAAAGUUAGUCUUGCGCGGAGGUUUGCACUAGUCCCAUUGGGACCGCCAUUAUUAUCAUACUGUAGCAACUGCAAAGCAAUGUUAGCAGCAGUUAAUGGUGCAGUGCAAUUGGUCGUUGACCGCUCUUAUAGCGUCGGAGAUCCAAUUGUCGUGUGGUGUGGACCACAACCUAAUUCAAAAUUACUCAUUAACUAUGGGUUUGUUGAUGAAGAAAAUUCAUAUGACCGUCUAAUGGUGGAGGCAGCACUAAAUACUGAGGAUCCUCAAUAUCAAGACAAGCGACUGGCUGCUCAAAGGAAUGGUAAACUAUCGGUGCAAGCUUUCCAGGUAUGUGUGGGAAAAGAAAGAGAGGCUGUGUUGGAGAUGCUUCCCUAUUUGAGAUUGGGAUAUGUUUCAGAUCCUUCGGAAAUGCAAACUGUUUUAUCAUCUCAAGGCCCUAUAUGUCCGAUGAGUCCUUGCAUGGAAAGAGCUGUUCUUGACCAGCUAAGUGACUAUUUCAGGGCAAGACUUGCUUGUUAUCCGACCACUUUAAGUGAAGAUGAGGCUUUGUUGUCUGAUGCUGAUCUGGAUCCCAAAAAACGAGUUGCCACACAGCUUGUUAGGUUGGAAAAGAAAAUUCUAAAUGCUUGCCUGGAAACAACAGUGAACUUUAUUAAUCAACUACCUGAUCACUCCGUAUCUCCGUGUCCGGCUCCUUUUGCUCCAACACUGAAAUGAUAGACACUUAAUUGCAGAGAUUUUGGAUGAAUGUUCAUUCAAAAGCUGUGGAUAGAUUGAGCAUCUUUCUCAAGUGUAAUCAUACUGGGCCAAGUACCAACUGGACUGCUCAAUGAGGUGGAACUUAUAGAUAGGGUAGUUUAAAUCGACUGAACCAAAUGGAGUAGUCCAAAAGGAUAUGUACGUUUGCUCUGUACAAUAUGGUGGCGUUUCUAUAAGAUCCAUCAAAGACCCAAUGCGUUCUUCUCUUCAUUGUCAUUCUCCUUGAUUCCCCCAACUGUGUAUCAGCCUCUUUAUAUUUGUCUCAUUUGUGCCCCCUUUUCAGUUCACAUUGAUCCUGGUGCAUUUAAGUGUAUAAAGAGAAAAUUGUUAUUCCAAGUGCAUCAUUGUGUUGGCCAGCUAUGUGAUGUUAAUCAUUCGUUGUAAAUAACAGUUUUGAUGUACCGUAAUCAGUCUGAUUCUCUGGUCA